AUGCAAGUUUCUUAUGCAAUGAAUCCAAACUGGCUGGCCGAACAUGCUAGGAAGGAAGGAAACACUGCUCCGAAAUGCACACGGAAAGCCCGUGGCGCAAACCACACAGUUUUACUGCUGGAAAACGCUUUCCUAAAAACCGAGGAUGGCAAUAUGGUACGUCAACGACACAUUCGCGGCGUGGUUUCAAGAGCACGACAUCCCUCACAAAUUUUUCCAAAAUCUAAUUCACCAAAGUGGUUUGAAAAGACGAUUGUCUACGAUUCCUUUCGACGUGUUGGAGAGCUACUGAAACGACGGCAGUUCAGAACACACGGUAGGAGAAUGGGUGAGACGAGACCUGGUACCAAAUCCAUGAAAAAAUCUGUGGUUCAGCAACAACAUAAAGAAGUUGCGCAAGUUCACCCAAUUACUUGUGGUGAAAUAUUGGAAUUGCAAGAGUAUGCUGUUGGCUCUAGUCCAACAGACUAUCACCCCUUGUCUUCAUCCGCAACUUUCAAGCUGACUGCCAAGCCACGGGAGCCCCCCAUAACUCGGAGGAAGGUUAGUGAUGAAACGAAGGAAGAAAUCCAGGCUGAGGACGAGGCCACUCUCAGGGAGUUGCUUAUGAGAAGCUACAGCAGUAAUUCAUUAUGUGUGUUUGAAGACCACUGUAAAGUGCUACUCAAUUCUGAUCAAAUCGGAUCCUGCAACUAG